AUACGACCUUGGGUGUACGGUUUCCCUUGAUCGUUGCCAUGGAGCACAAGAACUCCUCGACGGAGUCGCCGGAAAGCUCACCGUCACCGCCGUCGCCACCGCCAACCUCAUCUCCUGGAGGGGCAGCGAAACACCUCGUUGGGCUUCCUUCCCGUGGGCUGUUCUCCUCCACCAUUCCAUCGUCCAAUUUGGGUGGGAUGCGUGUUUACGUUUGUGAUCAUGACACCGCUCCGCCAGAAGAGCAAGUGAUCAAAACGAAUGGAACGAACAUUCUCAUUAGAGCUCUUCAGAUCAACAAAGAGAAGAGUGAGCAGAAAGAUGCACAUGCGAAGGCUGCACAAGAGAAGAAGGGGAAGAGAUCUGCUACUAGAGCGCUAGAGAGCAAGUCUCCAGCCAAAAGAGCUAACACUGGUGGUUCUUUGAGCACAUCACGACAAGGAUCAAGCAAUACCCCAUCUGAGAAGACACUCCAGGUCAUGACUGUAGAACAGUUGCGAGCACAUCUUAGGGAGAGGGGCCUAUCUACUAAAGGAAAGAAGGAUGAACUGAUUGCGCGCUUGAAAAACAAAGACAAAGAUGCUUAGUAGGAUGGAAGAAGAAGCCAUCUAAUCAUCUGUCAAAGCCAUGCAGUAAAAGUUUGAGAACUUUAUAUUGUAGCAGCUUGUAAAGGACAACUUUAUCAUCUUUUUGUGUUUUCUUAAUGAAAAGCUGUAACCUUCAUGCCUCAUUUGAAUGUCAUGUUAUCGACCUUAGCCAGGGUUGUAUUAGAUCUAAAUAUCUAGGCGUAAAAUUUUUGUCUCAUAGGAGCAGAUGAACUCAUGAGGCAUGCAAACUGUUGUAGGCUCUCUAUUUUGGGGGUUUUCUAUGUUGUGUCUGUGUGUGUGUGUGUGUGUGACUUCACCUAUAAUGUCAAUGCUUGUGUUAGGAAAUAUAAAUACAAAGUAAUGUUGUCCCAUUUUA